AUGGUCAACAAACCGCAUGCACCCCGCGCGGCCGGCAAAAAGAAAGCCGCGCCCACUGCCGCCGCGUUGAACGAGGAAGAUACCAGUUACAUUGUGUUUGGAAAUGAGAAGCCGAAAAAGGCAAAGGCACCCACUAUAGAUACCGGGACGACUCAGGCCAGCGGAAGCAAGGCGAAAACAACUCCGUCUUCAAAUGGCGCCYCGACAGAAGAGAAGAAGCCUGAGGAGAAGAAGCCGGAUACACGGACACUGAUUGGCGGCGCAUCUUGGACGGGCAAACUGCCCAUGACACUCUUCAACGAGCUGUGCCAGAAAUCAAAAUGGGAGAAGCCCGAAUACACCAUCCAUCGCAACCCGCGUGGCUACACUGGUGGUGUGAUUAUCCGUCAAAAGCACCCGAAAACGCAUGAAAUCACGGCGUUGCCGCCCAUUGUGCCGCCCACCGACUACAACAAGGAGCGCGGUACACAGGAGACUCCGAUUGAGGCUCGUCACUUCGCCGCUGCGUAUGCUUUGUUCCGCGUGUCGAACAUGAAGAAUAUACAUAUGAUGCUGCCGCCUCAGUAUCGUGAUUUGUGGAAGGGUGACUUCCAAGAUCUCAAGAGCGAGGCUGCCGCGUCCGGGCAGGCAUACCUAUACGAUGCGGAUCCGUUCUCUGCAAAGAAGCGCCACGAUGAGGCAAUGGCUGCGAAGGAGAAAGCAAAGGUGGACAAGGCCAAGCAGAAGGUGGAAGACAAGAAGUUGGAAGUGGUGAGUCUGGAUGGGCAAGUGCAAAGUAAGCACGUCCUCAAGGGCUGGAUGCGCGUCCCGAAGGUCGAGAUGGGUCUCCGUACCCGGCGGGAGGUGGAGAGAUUGGUUCGUCAAGGCGGUGCAUGGAAUCCCCACGAUGUCACACUCGGUGCUGCGAGCCGCAAGGCUAUCGUCAAUGACUUAGCAGGCAUUGGCUUCCGACCAAGCCAUGCAGAGGAGGCUGCAGAGAUUUGCAAGGAUCGUGAGGAAUGUCUCGAGUGGCUGCUGAUUCACGUGCCCGAAGACGACCUUCCAAAGUGGUGUCUUCCGGAAAACUACUUGGCUGGUGUCAGUCUAGCUAGCGGUGACAUGAAGCGCGAGGGAAAGCUGAAGCGACUUUCUGCUGCUGGAUACUCCGCGGAACUGUGUGCCGAGGUUUUGGACUCUUGCAACGGCAGCGAAGCUCGAACAGCAGAAAUCUUACAGGCAAGGCUGCUAGAUGAGACAGUUGCGCCACAAGCAACUGCUGAGCAGGAGUACGAGUUGUGGGACGAGGAACAAGCAACAUUGCAGGCGAUCUACGGUGACAGACACACCAACCACGACAGAUUAUGCACAAUUACACUCGAGCUGCAGACUCCGUCCAAGAAGCCGAUCGUACUUCGUGCACGGCCUCCAAGCAGCGGUUACCCUUCUGCGCUUCCCAUCAUAUCAGUGGAUGCUGAUCUUCCGGCAUAUGUAAGACUGAGCAUUCUGAAGAAAGUGCUUACAGUGGCGAAGAACGAGUUUUUCGACCAGCAAAUGCUAUUCUCCUUCAUCGAUUGGUUGGAGCAGAAUAUCCCAAGCGUGAUAGAGAAUCCUGGAAAGCUCAGCGAAGUUGCCAGCGCGACAUCAACAUCUACCAACCAACAAGCCCGGCCGUCUCGGGCGAAGAAAAUGCGAAGGCAGCCAAUUCCUAUAUCUUGGAGUCCACAAAUGGCUACAAGCCAGCGCAUGUUAGAGGCGUGGCGGUCCAGACAGACGGCCGAUAACCAAAAGCGUAUGAAUCAGACCAGGCAGAACUUGCCCGCAUGGAGGCUACAAGAUGCCAUUGUGACAUCUGUCACGAAGAAUCAAGUCACCAUAAUCUCGGGUGAGACAGGAUCYGGAAAGUCUACACAGUCGGUCCAAUUCAUUCUGGACGACCUCAUUCAACGCUGUCUUGGUGAGCACGCAAACAUGAUCUGCACACAACCACGCAGAAUUUCAGCUYUCGGUCUUGCAGAUCGAGUGGCUGAUGAGCGUUGUGGAAAGGUUGGAGAGGAAGUCGGUUACGCGAUCCGUGGUGAGGCAAAGCAGCGGCAAGGCGUAACGAAGAUAACUUUCGUCACCACAGGAGUCCUACUCCGCCGUUUGCAAACCUCAGGAGGCAGUACUGACGACGUGGUACGAAGCUUGGCUGAUGUGAGUCAUGUCGUGAUUGAUGAGGUCCACGAACGCAGUCUCGAUACAGAUUUCUUGCUUGUGUUAUUGAGGGAUGUGCUAAAGAAGCGUAAAGACUUGAAGCUCGUUCUUAUGAGUGCCACUCUUGAUGCGGACACGUUCGAAAAUUACUUCCGGUCGGUUUCUAGUGUUGGCAAGGUGGAGAUUCAAGGACGCACAUACUCUGUCGAUGAUAUCUAUCUUGACGAAAUCGUGCGCAUGACAGGGUUUGGGACAGUAGAGCCUGAAGAUGCAGAUGCAKAACCAGCGCCGGGUCUGGCGCCCAAUGAGCGAGACUAUCAUGCCUCUGGUACUUCUACCCCAACGACAGCCACUCCGAGCAUAGGAAAUGCACUCAGAGCAGUAGGAACCAGAAUUAAUUACGAGCUAGUUGCUCGUACUGUCGAACACAUUGACCGGAGGCUAGGGGAUAUUGAAGGAGGCAUCCUGAUAUUCCUGCCUGGUGUGGGAGAGAUCGACCAGGCGAUGCGGGCACUACGAAACAUCCCUAAUCUGCAUGUUCUACCGCUGCACGCCUCACUGCAAAGCUCGGAGCAGCGACGAGUCUUCCCACGGGCACCGCGUGGUAUGCGUAAAGUCAUCGCGGCGACCAACGUUGCCGAAACCUCCAUCACGAUCGAGGACAUCGUGGCAGUGAUUGAUACCGGUCGUGUCAAGGAGACGAGCUUCGAUCCGGCGAACAACAUGGUCAAGCUGGCAGAGGUGUGGGCUUCACGAGCGGCUUGUAAGCAACGACGCGGUCGUGCUGGACGUGUCCGUGCAGGGGAAUGCUACAAAUUAUACACUCGUUCUGCAGAGACAAAGAUGGCCGAACGCCCGGAACCUGAGAUCAGGCGAGUACCUUUGGAGCAGCUUUGUCUGUCUGUCCGAGCCAUGGGCGUGAGUGAUGUGCCUGCCUUCUUGGCAUCAGCGCUUACGCCGCCGGAGAGUCUGGCAGUCGCGGGUGCGUUGAAGCUGUUGACUCGAAUGGGCGCUCUCGACAACACCGAUCUUACCGCUCUUGGGAGACAUUUGUCAAUGAUACCAGCAGACCUGAGAUGUGGCAAACUUAUGGUGUACGGUGCCGCGUUCGGCUGCCUGGAAGCUUGCUUGACCAUUGCCGCGAUUCUUACGGUCAAGAGCCCGUUCGUCAGCCCGCUGCCAAAACGAGAAGAGUCCAAGGCUGCGAGAUCUGCUUUUGGUGGUGGACAUGGCGAUCUUCUAUGUGAUCUUCGGGCAUACGAGGAGUGGUCUGGCCGACGCUCGGCAGGAGAGCCGACGUCAAUGCUCCGCAGAUGGUGUGAUGAGAAUUUUCUCAACCACCAGACCCUGAUGGACAUUUCAACCAACCGCACGCAAUACGUCUCGUCGUUGCAGGAGAUUGGAUUUCUUCCAAUGGGUUACAGGCCAAAUGCUCCUCCCGCACUUGAGUUUAAUCGUCACAACGACAGCGACGUUCUUAUACGCGCUUUAGUAGCCGGAUCAUUCCAACCACAAGUUGCAAGAAUCGAAUUCCCAGACAAAAAGUACGCGGCAUCCUCAUCCGGUGCCGUCGAAAUUGAUCCAGAGGCUCGUCUGCUCAAGUUCUUCAACGAGGAGAWUGGCCGUGUGUUUGUUCAUCCAUCUUCGACCCUCUUCGGCGCGCAGAGUUUCCCCGGAAACAGCGUCUACAUGAGCUACUUUACCAAGAUGGCGACGAGCAAGGUCUUCAUCCGAGACCUCACGCCUUUCAACGUCUACAGCUUGUUGAUGUUCUCCGGACCUAUAACCAUCGACCCGCAAGGCAGAGGACUGUUAGUUGAUGGAUGGAUCAGACUGCGUGGUUGGGCUCGUAUUGGAGUACUCGUCAGCCGGAUGAGGAUGAUGCUUGACGAGCUGCUGGCAAAGAAGCUCGACGACCCACUCCUUGACAUGGGAGAGAGCGGGGUCGUCUCAGCAGUGCGAAAAAUGGUGGAGUUGGAUGGACUGGAUCGGUAA